CUGUGAACGCUGAGAGCCAAUGGCAUAGGUAUGAUGUUGGCAUACAGCACAUUGGGCGUGUUGCGUCGAGUUAAUAAGCUGUUUGUUUAGCUCGAUUCCCGUCAGACUCCUCUUACCUGCCGAUCCUUUAUAACACUACACAGCUCUACAACAGAAUGGACAACAAUGCCGUCAAUGACGAAGUAACGAAAUUCAAUAAAGAAAAUCUGCGGAAGACGCCAACAACAGAUAGAAGCAGACUUCCAUCUCAAAACGAGAUUGAUGAGGAAAAGAAAAUGAUGAAAGAACCUUGUAAAAUGGGCGACAAUCCCAUCAAAGACGAAGUGACGACCUUUAACAUGAAAAAGCUGCGGAGGACGUCAACACAAGAGAAGAACAAACUUCCGACUCAAAGGGAGAUUGAUGAGGAAAAGAAAAUGAUGGAAGAACCUUGCAGAAUGAGCGACAAUCCCAUCAAAGACGAAGUGACGACCUUUAACAUGAAAACGCUGCGGAGGACGUCAACACAAGAGAAGAACAAACUUCCGACUCAAAGCGACAUUGAUGCUGAAAAGAAAAUGAAAGAAUGACUCACCCCUUGCUCAAGCAUGGCUUCGUCUCGCCUUCUUCCAUAUGAUCCCGUCCCAUCUCCUGCCUCCAUGUGCCAACAUGAGUUGAUCAAAAAAUAUGUAUUACUGCCUUAAAGUCAUGCCAUAUCUUAUAUUUCUCUCUUUUUUAAAUGUAAUUUAGAAAUGAACAGAAUGAAGUUUUGGUUUGCUUUUUAAGAAAGAUUUUGACAUUAAUAAUAAUGAAACUCUGAAAAUGUACCUUUUUUUUCUGAGUAGUGCCAUUUAGAAACUACUGUGGAAAAUAGUCCAGAGAGUGGCUUUUUUUAUAUAACAAUCCAGCUCAAUGUCAACACUUGCACACUUGUUUUGAAUUUAAUUUGCCACAAUGUAACGAAAAGUCUUAUAUUUUAGAUGUAGCAACAGGAAAAAAGUGCAAAAUAAUGAAAUUGUGAAAUUAUCCUUUGAGAACAAGCCUUCUUUAUUUCUAUAGGACUAAUUGUGCAAAAAUAUUUGUUUGUCAAUGCACCUAAUUACACAAUAAAGAUGUAUGACAGUUCAA